AUGGAACUCUUCCGCCGGGGCGCCUCUUCGCUCUUUGGCUCCUCCAACGUUUCCCUCGCUUCCUCAAGGACAGACACCGAUACCGACUUCGUGGGAGACAAUGCGCUGGCCCAGAAAGGAUUCAGGUCCAUCUCAGAAUCGGAUCAGCUGUUCAACCAGCCAGACCCAGCAGUUGAUGGUGAAGAAUGCUUACACGACUGCGCAUCGUGUACGGUGAAAUACCCCGCCAAGUUCGACGUUGAUCAAGAGGAUGAGCUCUACGGACAGGUCAAGGGCUGGGCGACACAUUUGCUAGUUGCAACCGGCAAGACAGAUUGGGUGCGCGACGUCGCAGACGAGGUGGGCAGUGUCAUGGAGGCUAUCGAAAAGGGAGGAGUUGAGCCAAGCAACGGGAGACUCAAGUUGUCAGCAUCAAACAUGCCCGUUCCCGACGAAUACCACAUGCAUGAGACGGGCAAACAGCCCACGGAUGUGCUUCUCCUCCCCAGUUUCACCGUCGUGGAACAGGUCACCCCGCAGCUGGUCCCGGACUUGAUCGAGCAUUUUGUUAACAAGUCCUUGACCACAACAACGCCCCUGGGCAUGUCGCCAACAAACCCCGUUGAGAAAGAGCCAUUGAACCCGGAGGACCAGGGUCAGGAACAGCAGCCACCAAACCCCGUCAGCACAUCCCUCACAACCCCGCUUCGUUCGCAUCCCUGCCCACAUGCCGCCGUCAUCCUUCUCUGCUCCCAGCGCACCCGCGACGCCCGCUGCGGCCAGUCCGCGCCUCUCUUGCGGCGCGAAUUCGAGCGCCAUUUGCGCCCACUAGGUCUGUAUCGUGACAUGAACGAUACGCGACCCGGCGGCGUAGGCGUCUACUUUAUCAGCCACGUUGGUGGUCAUAAGUACUCAGCGAACGUGAUCGUGUACCGGCGGCGCGACUUUGAGUGGUACAAGCGGGACGGGGUAAAUGGCAAUGAGGACAAUGAGGGCGCAGCGCAGGGUAUCUGGCUGGCUCGCGUGCGGCCGGAAGAAUGUGAGAAUAUCAUCCGGUAUACCGUGCUGCAGGGUAAAGUUCUCAAGCCUGGGAAGCAACUGCGGGGUGGUUUUGAUCGAGAACGGGGGUUGACGAGUUGGUAA